GCUCCGGGCGUGAGCGCGUUUCCGUCCGUUCUCCAGCCUGCGAGGGGAAGGGGGAGCCGUUUUCUGCGUUCUGCGUUUCGAGGUCCCGGUCCCGCCCCGCGUCGCCGCCCCGCCCCGCGUCGCCGCCCGGGGAUCUUUGUCUGGCGGCCUCGCGCGCGCUCGCUGGCUCGCGGCUUCUGGGCGCGGGCCGGUCCUGAGGCGGCGGGCGACGCCCGGGGCCAUGGUGUGAGCGCCACCGCCGCGCACGCUCGUCGUGCCCCGCACCCGGCGGAGCCCGGGCGGGACCGCGGGAAGAUGGCGAACGACUCCCCCGCCAAGAGCCUGGUGGACAUCGACCUCUCGGCGCUGCGGGACCCCGCGGGGAUCUUCGAGCUCGUGGAAGUGGUCGGAAAUGGCACCUACGGACAAGUCUACAAGGGCCGACAUGUUAAAACGGGUCAGCUGGCAGCCAUCAAAGUUAUGGAUGUCACCGAGGAUGAAGAGGAAGAAAUCAAACUGGAGAUAAAUAUGCUGAAGAAAUAUUCUCAUCAUAGAAAUAUUGCAACGUACUAUGGUGCUUUCAUUAAAAAGAGCCCUCCAGGACACGAUGACCAGCUCUGGCUUGUUAUGGAGUUCUGUGGUGCAGGGUCCAUCACGGACCUCGUGAAGAACACCAAAGGGAACACGCUCAAGGAGGACUGGAUCGCCUACAUCUCCAGAGAGAUCCUGAGGGGGCUGGCACAUCUUCACAUUCAUCAUGUGAUUCACCGGGACAUCAAGGGCCAGAAUGUGUUGCUGACGGAAAACGCAGAGGUGAAACUUGUGGACUUUGGAGUGAGUGCUCAGCUGGACAGGACAGUUGGGCGGAGAAACACGUUCAUUGGCACUCCUUACUGGAUGGCACCCGAGGUCAUCGCCUGCGACGAGAACCCAGAUGCCACCUAUGACUACAGAAGUGACCUUUGGUCCUGUGGCAUUACAGCCAUUGAGAUGGCAGAAGGUGCUCCCCCUCUCUGUGACAUGCACCCCAUGAGAGCACUGUUUCUCAUCCCCAGAAACCCUCCUCCCCGGCUGAAGUCAAAAAAAUGGUCAAAGAAAUUUUUUAGUUUUAUAGAGGGGUGCCUGGUGAAGAAUUACAUGCAGCGGCCCUCUACCGAACAGCUUUUGAAGCAUCCUUUUAUAAGGGAUCAGCCAAAUGAAAGGCAAGUUCGAAUCCAGCUUAAAGACCAUAUAGACCGGACCAGAAAGAAGAGAGGAGAGAAAGAUGAGACGGAGUACGAGUACAGUGGGAGCGAGGAGGAGGAGGAGGAAGUGCCUGAGCAGGAAGGAGAGCCGAGCUCCAUUGUCAACGUGCCUGGGGAGUCCACUCUGCGCCGGGACUUCCUGAGACUGCAGCAGGAGAACAAGGAGCGCUCUGAGGCUCUUCGGAGACAGCAGCUGCUGCAAGAGCAGCAGCUCCGGGAGCAGGAGGAGUAUAAGAGGCAGCUGCUGGCCGAGCGGCAGAAGCGGAUCGAGCAGCAGAAGGAGCAGAGGCGGCGGCUGGAGGAGCAACAAAGGAGAGAGCGUGAGGUUAGGAGGCAGCAGGAACGGGAGCAGCGAAGGAGAGAACAGGAGGAGAAGAGGCGUCUAGAAGAGCUGGAGAGGAGGCGUAAAGAAGAAGAAGAGAGGAGACGGGCAGAGGAAGAGAAGAGACGUGUGGAAAGAGAGCAGGAGUAUAUCAGGCGACAGCUAGAAGAGGAGCAGCGGCACUUGGAAAUCCUUCAGCAGCAGCUGCUCCAGGAGCAGGCCAUGUUACUGGAGUGCCGCUGGCGGGAGAUGGAGGAGCACCGACAGGCAGAGAGGCUCCAGAGGCAGUUGCAACAAGAACAAGCAUAUCUCCUGUCUCUACAGCACGACCACCGGAGGCCGCACCCGCAGCACCCGCAGCCGCCACAGCCCCCACCGCAGCAGGAGCGGAGCAAGCCGGGCUAUCAUGCUCCUGAGCCCAAGCCACAUUACGAACCUGCGGACAGAGCCCGAGAGGUGGAAGAUAGAUUUAGGAAAACUAACCACAACUCCCCUGAAGCCCAGGCUAAGCAAACAGGCAGAGUAUUGGAGCCUCCAGUGCCUUCCCGGUCAGAGUCUUUUUCCAAUGGCAACUCCGAGUCUGUGCACCCCGCCCUGCAGAGAUCAGCGGAGCCACAGGUACAGUGGUCCCACCUGGCAUCUCUCAAGAACAAUGUUUCCCCUGUCUCGCGAUCCCAUUCCUUCAGCGAUCCUUCUCCUCCCAAAUUCGCACACCACCAUCUUCGUUCUCAGGACCCAUGUCCGCCUUCCCGCAAUGAGGUGCUCAGUCAGAGCCCCGACCCUAAGUCGGAGGUGCCCGAUCCUACCCCAAAGGCAUGGUCUAGAUCAGACAGUGACGAGGUGCCUCCACGGGUUCCUGUGAGAACAACGUCUCGUUCCCCUGUCCUGUCCCGUCGAGAUUCCCCGCUGCAGGGCAGUGGACAGCAAAACAGCCAAGCAGGACAGAGAAACUCUACCAGCAGCAUCGAGCCGAGGCUCCUGUGGGAGAGAGUGGAGAAGCUGGUGCCCAGGCCAGGCAGUGGCAGCUCCUCUGGGUCCAGCAACUCCGGAUCGCAACCGGGAUCCCACGCUGGGUCUCAGAGCGGGUCUGGAGAGCGCUUCCGAGUGAGAUCGUCCUCUAAGUCAGAAGGCUCUCCAUCUCAGCGUCUUGAAAAUGCAGCAAAAAAACCUGAGGAUAAGAAAGAAGUGUUUAGACCUCUCAAGCCUGCUAGUGAAGUGGAUCUGACUGCACUGGCCAAAGAGCUCCGCGCGGUGGAAGACGUGCGGCCGCCCCACAAAGUGACCGACUACUCAUCCUCCAGCGAGGAGUCUGGGACAACAGAUGAGGAGGAAGAUGAAGGGGAGCAAGAUGGGGCUGAGGAGUGUGCCUCAGGGCUGGAGGACACCAGAGCAGCGUCAUCUCUGAAUUUGAGCAAUGGUGAAACGGAGUCCGUAAAAACCAUGAUUGUCCACGACGAUGUGGAAAGUGAGCCGGCCUUGACGCCCUCCAAGGAGGGCACACUGAUCGUGCGCCAGAGUACAGUUGACCAAAAGCGUGCCAGCCAUCAUGAGAGCAAUGGCUUUGCCGGCCGCAUUCACCUCUUGCCAGAUCUCUUACAGCAAAGCCAUUCCUCCUCCACUUCCUCCACCUCUUCCUCCCCAUCCUCCAGCCAGCCGACACCCACCAUGUCCCCACAGACACCCCAGGACAAGCUCACUGCUAAUGAGACUCAGUCCGCUAGUAGCACACUCCAGAAACACAAAUCUUCCUCCUCCUUUACACCUUUUAUAGACCCCAGAUUACUACAGAUUUCUCCAUCUAGCGGGACAACAGUGACUUCUGUGGUGGGAUUUUCCUGUGAUGGAAUGAGACCAGAAGCCAUAAGGCAGGAUCCUACCCGGAAAGGCUCAGUGGUCAAUGUGAACCCCACCAAUACUAGGCCACAGAGCGACACCCCUGAGAUUCGUAAAUACAAGAAGAGGUUUAACUCCGAGAUCCUGUGUGCUGCCUUGUGGGGGGUGAAUCUGCUGGUAGGCACAGAGAGUGGCCUGAUGCUGCUGGACCGAAGUGGCCAGGGGAAGGUGUACCCUCUGAUCAACAGGAGGCGCUUCCAGCAGAUGGAUGUGCUCGAGGGCUUGAACGUCUUGGUGACGAUAUCUGGUAAAAAGGAUAAGUUACGUGUCUAUUAUUUGUCCUGGUUAAGAAAUAAAAUACUUCACAAUGACCCAGAAGUUGAGAAGAAGCAAGGGUGGACAACUGUGGGCGAUUUGGAAGGAUGUGUCCACUAUAAAGUUGUAAAAUAUGAAAGAAUCAAGUUUCUGGUGAUUGCUUUGAAGAGUUCUGUGGAAGUCUAUGCAUGGGCACCUAAGCCAUAUCACAAAUUCAUGGCCUUUAAGUCGUUUGGAGAACUGGUGCACAAGCCCUUGCUGGUGGACCUCACUGUCGAGGAGGGCCAGCGGCUGAAAGUGAUCUACGGGUCCUGUGCAGGCUUCCACGCUGUGGAUGUGGACUCAGGAUCUGUGUAUGACAUUUAUCUACCAACACACAUCCAGUGUAGCAUCAAGCCCCACGCAAUCAUCAUCCUGCCCAACACAGAUGGCAUGGAACUCCUGGUGUGCUAUGAAGACGAGGGUGUCUAUGUGAACACGUACGGCAGGAUCACGAAGGACGUGGUCCUGCAGUGGGGAGAGAUGCCGACCUCCGUUGCAUACAUCCGGUCCAAUCAGACAAUGGGCUGGGGUGAGAAGGCCAUAGAGAUCCGGUCCGUGGAAACCGGUCACCUAGACGGUGUGUUUAUGCACAAAAGGGCGCAAAGACUCAAAUUCCUGUGUGAACGCAAUGACAAGGUAUUCUUCGCCUCCGUACGCUCUGGUGGCAGCAGUCAGGUCUACUUUAUGACCUUGGGCAGGACGUCUCUCCUGAGCUGGUAAAGCGGCGCCAUUGGGCAUUACCGACUCCAGAGUCUUCAAGAUCCUGAGAACUUGGAAUUCCUUGCAACUGGAUCUUGGAGCCACUCGGUGCCACUGGGACAGCUGUGCACAGGCCUCGUGCGUUAGCCCCCCUUCCUUGGCAGUUCAUCCCCGUUCUCUUCUUUUCCUUACUCAAAAAUAAACCCAGGCUGCAUCGCCGCUGGUGCUCCUCCGAUCUCCCACAGGUGCUAGAAGUGUUGGGCUAGCAUCAUAGCAGAGCGCAUGCCUCUCCCGUGGCUCCAGAAUUCCUGUCUCUGCGAGACUCUGUCCUGUGGGCAUCUGAGGUGGCGGUGACGCACAAGCCAUCGGCUUUGUUGGCAGUGGCACAAAGGGGUGAAAAGCAGUGAUGUAAGGAGCAGUUUGCCGAAGCAAAGAGCAGAUUUAAUAUAGUAACAUUAACAAUGUAUUUAAUUGACAUUUCUUUUUUGUAAUGUGACAAUAUGUGGACAAAGACGAAGGUGCAGGUUUAAGAAGUUAAUAUUUAUAAAAUGUGAAAGACAGUUACUAGGAUAACUUUUUGUGGAUGGGUUUGUGGGUGGGGUGGGUUAUGGUUCCCAUUUUGUUUCUUUGCAUAUGGGGGGGUGGGUCCUGGCCGAGAACUCAGUCAUUUUACUGUGUACCAAGUUUUGCCUAACUCAUGUGCAGGUGGUUCUAAAAAAGAAAAAAAAAAGGAAAAACAGAUAAAGAAAAUGUGUGCAUUUUGUAUAAUGGCCAGAACUUUGUUGUGUGACAGUAUUAGCACUGCCUCAGUUAAAGGUUUAAUUUUUGUUUAAACCUAGAAGUGCAACAGCAGUUUUACCACAGUCUGCACUUGCAGAAGAAAAAAAAAAAUUCAACCUACGUUUUUUUUUUUUGCCUACCUCAUUGUUUUUAAUGCAUUGAGAGGUGAUUUAGUUUAUGUUUUGGAAGAAAACAUUAAUGUUUAAUUUAAUCUUAAUACCAAAACUAUGGGAUUGAAGUCUGACUGUUACUCUGUCACAGGUCCUCAGGCACAAGAGGCACUGUCCCACAGGGGGAACAGCCCAUCUGCUUUCUUCUGCAGGAAGUAGAGUGCUGGGUUGUUCCCAGUUCCUGGUAGUGUUUAGGGGACAGCUGUCGUCUACAACACACGAGAUCUUGAUUGUUGAUUGGGGGUCAGUAGCAGACAGGUGGUCCCUUUCAGAUGGUCACACAAACUGUUCAGUGUUGCAGGAACCUUUUCUUGGGGUGAGGGUGUGUCCCUUUUCUAAAAAAAAUGCAAUGCACUAAAACUAUUUUAAGAAUGUAGUUAAUUCUACUUAUUCAUACAAAUGGCAUCUGCCUAUGUUUAGGUGUAAUAUUGAAGCCCUGGCUUUUCCUGUUUUCUCACUUGCUCUGUUUUUUUAAACUAAUUUUACUUUAUGAAUAUGUUCGUGACAUUUGUAAUAAAUGUCUUGAGUAAUAA